AUGACGUCAAUUGUUAAUGGAACAUCGACAAUUUACUUAGUGGCUGCGUCACAGCAAUUACUAGACAACGCAGUCACAUUCUACACCAACACAUUGGGUCUUACCGAACAUUCCAAGUCACAAGACACGACAUACCUCACCAAUGAUGGGAACAAGUGCAUCAUUGAAAUCAAAUUAGAUUCGCACAAGGGGUUAUCUGAGACUGAGAUUCAAUCAAGACGGUCCAAAAUUGAGUCAAAACUAAAUGUGGUUGAUUGGAGAUCUUUGGAUAAUACCUCAGUUAUCAAAGUUGACAAUUUGGUUGACUUGAUUGAAGUGUUGACCGAUUCCAAGUUUGUUUUACAAAUUACCCCUAAUGAAUUGUACCCCAACGAAGUAUAUAUUGUUGACCCGUUGGGCUACAUAAUUGGAUUCACUGCUUGUAAUGACCCAUUGACUGUUGUGCCACCUGUUCAAAAAACCAGACCUGCUGUUGCUAGUACUGCGAUGCAAACCAACAUUCCUUCAACUGCCACUUCAACCAAGAAUGAUUUGGAAUUCUUGGGCGAGUUCAAACGUCGGAGAAAUGUUGGUGUGAUGACCUCUGGUGGUGAUGCUCCGGGAAUGAAUGCGUGUGUUCGUGCUGUGGUUAGGGCUGCUAUAUACCGUGGAUGCAAGGCGUUUGCUAUUAUGGAAGGUUAUGAGGGUUUAGUUAGAGGCGGACCUCGUUACAUCAAACAAAUGAAGUGGCAGGAUGUUAGAGGUUACUUGAGUGAAGGUGGAACUAGUAUUGGUACUGCAAGAUGUAUGGAGUUUAAGGAACGUUGGGGUAGAUUAACUGCUUGUAAGCACAUGAUUGAAGCUGGUAUUGAUGCCUUGAUUGUUUGUGGUGGAGACGGAUCUUUAACUGGUGCUGAUUUGUUCCGUAGUGAAUGGCCCUCGUUGAUUGCCGAGUUGAAGGAGAAGGGCGAUAUCACUGAAGAGGAAUACGAGAGACAUAAACAUUUGUACAUUUGUGGUUUGGUUGGAUCUAUUGACAAUGACAUGGCCACUACUGACUCCACGAUUGGUGGCUAUUCUGCAUUGGAAAGAAUUUGUCGUGCAGUGGAUUAUAUCGACGCAACUGCCAAUUCCCAUAGUCGUGCCUUUGUGGUUGAAGUUAUGGGUAGGCAUUGUGGUUGGUUGGCGUUGAUGGCCGGUAUAGCCACUAGUGCUGACUAUAUCUUGAUUCCCGAAAAGCCGGCAUCCAGUCGUGACUGGACCGAUCAAAUGACUCAUAUUGUGUCACAGCACAGAAAAGCGGGCAAAAGGAAAACGAUUGUUAUUGUUGCUGAAGGAGCUAUCACGUCCGAUUUGAAACCUAUUAGCUCUAAAGAAGUCAAGGAUGUUCUUGUUGAUAGAUUGGGUUUAGAUACAAGAAUCACCACAUUAGGACACGUCCAAAGAGGUGGUGGCGCUGUGGCAUUUGACCGUAUUUUGGCUACAUUGCAAGGUGUUGAAGCAGUGAAAGCUGUAUUGGAAUUGGAUCCUCAAACACCAUCGCCAUUGAUUGCUAUUGAUGAAAACCAGAUUGUUCGUAAACCAUUGGUGGAGGCUGUCAAAAUCACUAAAUCUGUAGCCGCAGCAAUUGAAGACAAGGAUUUUGAAAGGGCUAUGUCGUUUAGAGAUUCGGAAUUCAAAGAGCACUUGUAUAAUUUCAUUGCAAUGAAUACUGCUCACCACAUGGGGCCCUCGUUGCCUGUGGAGAAGAGAAAGAAGAUUGCCAUCAUUAAUAUUGGUGCCCCUGCCGGUGGUAUGAACUCGGCAGUUUAUGCCAUGGCCACCUAUUGUAUGUCAAAGGGACAUACUCCAUAUGCCAUCCACAAUGGAUUUUCAGGCUUGUCGAGACAUGAGUCUGUAAAGUCAAUUGAGUGGUUGGAUAUUGAAGGUUGGAAUAGUGUUGGAGGUUCAUUAAUUGGAACCAAUAGGCACCUUCCAAGUGAGACUGAUAUUGGAAUGAUUGCCCACUAUUUUGAAAAGUAUCAAUUUGACGGAUUGAUUAUUGUUGGUGGGUUUGAAGCAUUUGUGUCAUUGAAUGAAUUGGAACAAGCAAGAUCAAUGUACCCUGCGUUCAGGAUCCCCAUGACUUUGAUUCCAGCAACCAUUUCCAAUAAUGUUCCUGGCACUGAAUACUCAUUGGGGUCAGACACUUGUUUAAAUGCCAUUAUGGAAUAUUGUGAUAUUAUCAAGCAGUCGGCAUCAGCAACUAGGGGAAGAGCAUUUGUAAUUGAAGUUCAAGGAGGGAAUUCUGGAUACAUUGCUACCUUUGCGUCAUUGGUAAGUGGGGCUCAAGUAUCGUAUGUUCCUGAAGAAGGUAUACAGUUGGAACAAUUGGAAAUGGAUAUCAACUCCUUACGUGAAUCCUUUGCCGUUGAAAAAAACAUGACCAAAGCAGGCAAAUUAAUCAUCAAGUCUUCCAAUGCAUCCAAAGCUCUAACACCACAAGUAUUGGCAGACAUAAUUAGCGCCGAAAGCUAUGGCGAAUUCGACACAAAGACGGCCAUCCCAGGACAUGUUCAACAAGGUGGAAUUCCAUCGCCUAUUGAUCGUACCAGAGCUGAUAGGUUUGCCAUUAGAGCGGUGCAAUUCAUCGAGGAGCAUACUGAAUGUAUGAAAAAGACGAGGUACGAGUUGGAUUUCCCCCAAGAUGACGAUAAGUUGCAAGCCACUGCUGCGGUCUUGGGAGUUAAGGGAUCGCAUUUGCGAUUCACUUCGAUUCGGAGAUUGUUUAAUUUUGAAACUGAGUUGGGUAGACGGAUGCCAAAGAGAGUGUUUUGGACAAAGACUAGACAGAUUGCUGAUGAUUUGGUUGGUAGAGCUAGGUACCAUAAAGUAGAAUGA